CUUCUUUAUACUCGCCAACACUUUCUGCCACCUCAUAUACAAGCUCCUUUCCACAGCACCAAGAUGCUCAAUCAUAAACGAAAAAGCCUGUCCCAGGGCCCCUUUGAAGGUCUUCAAAACGAGAACAACCAUACCAGAAAGACACCCGCUCCUAAGCGACAAAGGUUCGAUGCCCCCUUUGAUAAUCCAGAUGAUUACAUUUUGGAUAACCAUCUUGGACGAUCCAUUCGGCGCAUGUUAUCUCCUCUUAGUAAAGAAGCCUUUGUUAUCAACAUGGAUGACGACGCUUAUGAGUAUAACAUCCUGCAAAAGAGCCCUAAAGAACUUCACCAGGAACUACGCAGGCACAUUACGGAUGUCAAAGAAGGGCUGGAACAGUCUGAAGAUAAGUCUGACCUUGACGAACAUAUCAUAGAUGAACUCGCUCGCAUGGUCUAUGGGUCCAAUAUGAUCGAGAAUGUUGGCGGAGGUCUUGACAUCACACUAAAGCUCUGCAAAGACGUCUUCCGAGGAGGCAAAGAGCCUCCCGAAGAGAUUGGCGAACGCGACCCAGAUUAUGAACAACUCGAAAUCUAUCUCUCGAAUAACGACUUACCUUGCAAACACGCCGAUAUCCUUCAAAGUUACCGAGAGAUCGUUCAACACGCCAAGGCUGCCCGGUUCAUGAUCGAGCAAGUCUGCAUCAACGGCAAGGACUUAUCUGAGGAUAUCAUCGCGCAAGCUCAUGGUGACCUGACAUAUAAAAUCGAAAUCAGCGAACACAUAUCCUGGAACGUAUACAGUGGACGGUACCGGUUAUGGAAUGUCCGAUGUGGUUCUCAUGUCUUCAUGGACCAUAGCAAGGUCCGCAUUGCGAUGCGCGACAUGAUAGAGGAACUAGAGUCCGAUAUCAGGAAGGCUACGAACGAAGGACAAAUCGACCCGGUAGCGCUUGCAAGUAAGUACUGCCACCGGUUUGUUAACAUCCAUCCGUUUGGAGACGGAAACGGCAGGACAUGCCGUCUUAUUCUUAACACUCUCCUCAUUAAGUACGGCGGUGGGUGUCCCAUCGUCAGCAUCGGGCAGGACGGCAGAGAUCGACGAGAGUAUUUGCGCAUCGCCGUGGCGCAAAGUAUGGCGCAGCUCGCGUUUUUCACGCUACAACAUGCCCGUGAUAGCAUGCUUAGGCUAAAGGAGGCAAGAAAACUUAGGGUAUCUGUCCUAAAUGAUGAAAAGACUCGGGUAAAUUUAGCAUAGUUUUAGUAAACCUUAGACUAGUUACUUUAAUAUCUUGCCUUUAUGUUAGAGGUUUUCUUGCUCCU